AAAAGUGCCCUCGCCUGCCUCUGAAGCAUAUAAGAGCUACUGAAGAUUCACACAGUCCUCCACAUCUUCAUAUUCACACACAGGGAACAUCAGCAACAGAACCCAUACAAGAAAUAGGAAGAGACAAUCAUUGCCAGGUUUAAUCCAAGGAAGAGUAAAAUGAAGUUGAUGCUCUACCCCCCUCUUUUUCAUUUGCUCCUGUACUGUUCAACCCAGACAUUAGGUGUCACGAUCCAGUCUGACCCAGAAGUCAGCAGUGAGGGUGUUAUACAGACAGAGCUGGACAGGACCGUGUCUCUGCUCUGCAAGCCUGGCGGCAGCUCUGAGCCUCAGGCUGAUGAAGAGCUGGUGUGGCUGAGGAACGGUGCUAUGGUCAGUCUGGCAGAAGGAAAUAGGAAGGGCCGCAGCAGUGUGUGUGUUACCCCUGUCGUCCACGAAGAUAAUGGUGCCACUUUCACAUGCCACCUGAGCAGAAAUGCCACAGCUAGAGCCUCAGUAACCCUAAAUGUCACACACCGCCCACAGCUCUCUGGGUCAGAGGAGGUUGCAGUGGAAGAUGACUCAGUGCUUGUCCUGCGGUGUGAUAUCUGGGCCAAUCCACCAGUUUCAUCCGUGUCGUGGACACUAAAUGGAAGCGCGGUGGAUCUAUUAGCAGGUGGCUUCACGGUGACCAAUGAUGGCUUUACAAGUCAGCUGACCACCAACAGCGUGGAGAAAAGCUUGCAUGAAGGCGUGUAUCAGUGCACAGCGUACUCUCCCAUGUACGGAGAGCACAGCAUGAGCUUCCAAGUCACAGUAACAGAAAAGACCAUGAAGUUCCCACUGAUACCCAUGAUAGCAGGGUUGGUGGUGGUGUGCCUUACUGCACUUCUUGCUGUGUUUUCACGGUGGAGGAGAAUCACAAAGUGCUGUAAAUAAGGUCCAAAAUAACUGGUCUUCUCUGCUUCACCAAAUGAGGCCAUGAAGACAUCACCGCCCCCCCAAC